AUGAGAGCCUUUUCAUUCUGGCAACUCUAUGACUUCAUGAAAUCCAUAUUCCUGUCCUUGCAGGGCUACGAACCUGGCUCCAUGGUCAGCGAGCAGAUCCUUGCCGGAGACCACAAUGCUGAGGGCCUGUUUGACUUGCUGUGUGACUACGGGAAAGCACACUCCUUUUCAGAGCCUCAGUUUCCCUACCACCUAAGCCUUCUGCUCCCGGCCUUCUUGCUCCGCUACUCGUCAAUUUCACACGUAAUUUACAAUAACCAUCCGGAUUCCUCCGCGUCGCCUAGGAAACGGCCAGGCGAAGCCACGGCCGCCUCCUCGGAGAUCAAAGCCCUGCAGCAGACCCGGAGGCUCCUGGCGAACGCCCGGGAGCGGACGCGGGUGCACACCAUCAGCGCAGCCUUCGAGGCGCUGCGGAAGCAGGUGCCGUGUUACUCAUACGGGCAGAAGCUAUCCAAACUGGCCAUCCUCAGGAUCGCCUGCAACUACAUCCUGUCCCUGGCCCGGCUGGCUGACCUCGACUACAGUGCCGACCGCAGCAACCUCAGCUUCUCCGAGUGUGUACAGCGCUGCACCCGCACCCUGCAGGCUGAGGGACGUGCCAAGAAGCGCAAGGGCACCCCCUUCCAGUGAUGUUAAGCCACUGAGUAUUAACAACAACAAGGACAGCUACUAGCACAGAUGGCAUAGUUUAGGCCCGUCAGUUCCUGCACUCAAGUUGCUCUCAGGCCCAGGGUUGGAGAUGGGGAGAGAGAAGAGGAAUCCCCAU